GCUUCGAACGGCGAGUUCAUUUCAGUCCACCGAAUCUUCCCCAAAUCCUCCCCUCUCGAUUUCGCCAGCACACAAUCCCACGGCGAGAUGGAGGCUCCCGGUGAGAAGGCGGCCCUAGGGCCGGUGCUGUCGGAGGCGGUCAUCGGCGAGGUCCUCUUCCGCCUCCCGCCGGACCAGCCGGCAUGCCUCUUCCGUGCGGCGGCCGUCUGCCAGGCGUGGCGUACCUUCUUCACCAGCCCUGACAUGCUCCGCAUCUACCGCAAGCACCACAUGGCGCCGCCAGUUCUGGGCUUCCUGCAGAACACCGGCCGCUCCGACGACCCGUUUCCUCGCUUCGUAACCACCGCCGCCCCGUCACCGCCGCUCCACCACCAGCCGGAGUUCGAGUGCGUGUACUCGCUCGCGCUCGAUUGCCGCCACGGUCGCGUGCUCCUCCAUACGACAUUUCCCCUCGGCCUCAUCGUCUGGAGCCCCGUCACCGGCGACCAUCAGCUCCUACCCGAGGAGCCUAUCCAGCUCGACCCGCCUCAACCUCCCUACAGCGACUUCGCCGGGGCGGUGCUUUGCGCGGUGGACGGCUGCGACCACCUCGACUGCCCCCCAUCAGGGGCCGUUCCACGUGCUCUUCGCGGCCACCUCCUAUGAGGACGUCGACGUGGUUUCCACAUGGGCGAUCCUCUACUCUUCGGAGACUGGAGCCUGGACCGAGCCGAGCACAGUCCACCCCGGCGCCGUCAUGAACUCGCCCGACGUGAUGAGCAUCAUGGGCCCAAGUCUGCUCGUCGGCGACGCGCUCUACUUCACCCUGGGCGUCCUCAACAACCGCACUGUUCUCACGUACAACUUGGUCGGGGGUGCCCUGACGGUAAUGGACCCUCCACCAUUGGUUAGGAGGGACGCGUUCCUGGUGACCGGGGAGGGUGGAGGGCUGGGAGUUGCCGCCGUGGAGGGCUACAGCCUCCGCCUCUGGUCCUGGGAGGCUGCUGGUAGAUGGGCGCUGUGCAGGGUCAUCGACCUGGAGAUGUCGAUACCCUUCACCAUCGGAGCCCCCAUCACCCAACUCAAGGUGAUCGGCUUUGCAGAGAUGUCCGAUACCAUCUUCGUAAGUGCAAAUGGCAUAAUCUCCAGUGUCCAGUUGAGGUCUGGCAGAGUCAGGAAGUUCAGCAAGACCCCCAAUUCCGACACUAUUUUCCCCUUCGAGAUCUUCUACACUCUAGCAAUUCAGGGGGCAUAAGGAGUUCAAGUUUCUGGUGCAAGGUCUUUUACAUCAAGCUGGAAGUAUCUAAUGCUGCUGAAGGCAGAUAGUUUUCUUGGCCUUCUCUGCAAGAUGGUGACUGAAACAGAAUUGUAGUCCUCUCUUUGUGCUUUGGGAACUUGAGUUUGCAAUCAGAUUAGGAGAAUGAUAUUGUUCCUCAUGAUAACUUGAUGAUUUUCCAGGAAUCCAUACUUACAAACUAAGUGUGCUUUUCGAGAUUUUUACUGUAGAUAAUGUUCAUUCCAUGGUCGGUGGCCUGUUUGGAAUUUUGAACUGAUGAGUGACUCUGCUUCUCUUUUCCUGAAGAAAAUGUCUGUGUCGGUCUGUCUCAGUGCAAGUGUUUUAAAUAUGGUAUGAACAAGUAGCUUCAGAAUUUAAUUCAAUUCAUGCACAUGGUAGGUGGAUAUGAAAAUGUUUGAAGUUAUGCUAGUAUAUUUUCAGUUUGUUUGUGUGGUGUAAACCGAAUGAGUUUUUUUGAUACAAAUUAAACUUCUGACUAAUAACUUGGAUAUCUUUCUUAAGCUAGAGAGGUACUUCUAUUAGCAAUUUUUUUAUGUAGUUUGUUUAAGCUUGUUUUCUAUCUAAUAACUUUGUGCAAGCAUGGCUGUUCACUGGUGGAGCUGUGGAUAAGAUGUUUCUGCUGUUUGGUUAGCAUUCGCUGUAAUUUUUUGGUUCUUGUUAUUGGCGACAGAGAAAAAAAAAGUUCAUUGAGAGCGAAUGUUUGAUUCCUCAACCUGUUGAUGUUACUUUCAUAAUUUGUCUAUUUCUGUAACAUUGGGAGCAGUCUCUACAUGUGAGGGACCAAGUGCAGGUGCAUCAGUCAAAGGGAAAAUGGUGAACAGCUUGGGUUUUUUGGUGGAACACCUCUUUAGCAUCAAUGAUAGAAUACGGUGUUUGACUGAUUGUUGGGAAUUGGGAUGCUGUGGCCGUUGUUCAAGCUCUGCUCCCCUGUCGAAAGUCUAGACUCGGAGGUUCAUAUGCUGGCCAAGGUAGUCCGUACCACAUCUCCAUUUGUUCGCAGGGUACACCGGACGAAACAGGUGCCAAUGUUUAGUUUAGGACUUCAGGUUUACCAUUACCAACUAUCCUAUCUCAGAGCGUGAACUGCGUUGUAGUUUUGCUGGCGGUUCCUCAGCGUGCCCUGCACCUAAUGAUGGUGAAUUGAACUGAACGAUUUUGAACUCGGGAAUUGCACUCGGAAAACUGAACUGAACGAUUUUGCUUGGUUAUUGUGCAAGAGGGUGAUCCUGAGUUGCUACUUGCUAGCAUAAAUCUUACUGUAAAUCAUCCAUUUCCUUAAUGGCUAUGGUUAUAUUGAAAAAU